GUUAUCAUUAAAUAUAGUGCUCAAGGUAAUUUCAUAUAUCAUGUGAACACAACCGUAUGGACACAUUCAGACACGUGUUGAUCACAUCGUUGUAACCGCAUACCACUCACCACCCAUUCAAUGCAACUGAUCCACUGGUGAUACUUAGUGGUCAACUGAUCCACUGGUGAUACUUAGUGGUCAACUGUACCGGUGAUCGACCAUUAAUCUCAUAAACCACUCGUGAAGCUCACAAGCGAUGCUCACCAUCAACACCAUUGCCAUCAAUAGGCAACUGAUCCGAAAGUUGAGUGACUCGAGGGCUGCGGUGAUCAACCACUUGCUCAGCGUAUACGAGGAUCGUGUGAAGGCUGGACUGCUCCGGGAGGACGAGCACCAGCACGUGGUGGUCGACCACUUGGAUCACCUGAACGCCAAACUCUGUGAUUAUCAACAAACCAUAAGACAUCGAAACUCAUUCUUAAACAAAUUGUUUAAGAAGUCCAACUCUGGAGGUCGUGUCCGUGGGCUGUAUCUGCACGGGUCGGUCGGAUGCGGCAAAACGAUGCUAAUGGACCUCUUCUACGACAACUGCUGUGUAGAUCCCGGUGCCAGACGUCGCGUCCACUUCCACUCGUUUAUGAUUGACUUCCACACCAGANCCAAUGAGUCUCACAUUAUCACCGAACCGAUGGUCGAUAUUAUUUGGGAGACAUUGAUCCCGGUGCUAAUUAAACACUUAAGCGCUUCCCAUAUAAAUCAAGUGGACAUGAAGUCCAGUGGUAGUGACAGCUCUGUCACCCAAUCCGCGCCCACAGCCGACGCUAAAAAGAUGGGUCGCGGAUCAGAGUCUGUCUCAUCGGUCGACACGUCCUCCAUAUAUAAGACAUAUAUUUUCAAAAUUGCUUCCGAAUUGUUGAGACUUUUUGGUCGAAUCAGUUGUCUUCGGCCGGCACUGGAGUCACUAUUUCAUCGGAUACUACUAUACCCUCCGGUUUCGCAACGAUUAGAUGCUUUAAAGUGGAUUCAAGAGGUCCUGAAGAAUACAUACCUUAUAGUGAACGCAGCGGUCGAGGAGCCGGUGUUCGGCAAGAAGUCGCGCUCUAAAGACUUGGAUCUGUUGCACAUAGUUGUGGAUUCGCUGGAAGAGUGCAGUCAAUCCUCAGACACCACUAUAUCAUCGCAGAGUAUAUCAUCUGUUGUGGCAUUUCUGCACUCUUUGCAGACAAUCUGUCACUCGAAUCAACUGAACGACAAAACCAUUGAAUAUAUCAACAGAUUGUACGCCACUGUCGAAGACGCAGAGUUUGAGGGCUUCGAUGUCCGCAACGGUCGACACGAUUCUGUGGAUAAGUGUUGCGCCGAUGAGUCGAUUCAGACGAGUGUCUCGUUUGAAGUGUUGAAGAAGCGAAUCGUCGGUUUCGAUGCCAACGAGGAGAUGGAUAGGGAUCUCAAUCACGAGUUGACCGGUGCGGACACAACUGUCCAGAAGCGGACCUUUCAGAAGACACAUCUCAAGAACUUUAAGCUCGAGUCCUAUAAAUCAAAACUUAAGGAGAUUUUGUGCUCCAAGUCUACGGACAGCGACGGUGUCGACGAUACCCCGCGAUCUGAACCAGAAUCAGGUGUUGUCGCCGGCGAUGAUAAUGUCGUUACCGGUGAGGAAAUUACUGAAUCCAAUGAAUGUCAGCCAAAGGCCGAGGGUUUGCCGCAAACGGAAAGCGUUUCGACUAAUUAUGAAGAGGCGGAGGAAUACCAGAAGACCUCUUCCAACACCAGUUGCUGUACUGAAGGUCCGGAACCGGAAGAAUGUGUGGCAACAGAUCAGAUCUUCGGCGGUGAUCGGCGCGAGUCGACUGCCGCUAAUGGCAGUCAUUACGUGAAUGUUGAGCGCAAUAACGCCCGCCGUUUCGUCGGUUCUCUCAAACACUUUUUGCCGCAACUCUUGUCUCUGCGGACGUCCGUCGAGGCCGACCACGCGUUACAAGUGUUUUCCUCCGACUACUGCACCGAUCUAUGCGAACAACAAAAACUUACCGCCAGUACUAACACUAACGGCACCCGUAUUACUACCGACAAUGAGCGCACACAAGACAACCCAUACAACCAAAUGCCGCUAAUUAUAAACAGCGAUGGCAUCUAUUUAGCCACUUAUUCGGCGCUUUCACUAAACCUUAAACUAAUUAACACUAACUUUUACACCAAUUCCUGUCUAACCAUUCCCUUAACAGAGCAAGAAUUUAUUGAUGAGAUUCACAGCACCGGUAUUCUUGUCUACAUAUCUGGCUAUUGGUUGGCAGAGCUCUAUCAGACUGUUUUAGCCGACAAUUUAUUAGAGAGCGCCGGCUAUCGAUACGGAGAGCACCAGAAUGUGGCCCUCAUUAACAUCUUAACAGACAUGGAUGGACUGGACAGUUGCGAACCGGGAGCUCAACGACUGUCCGAUUACCGGCGCCUCGAGAAAACAGUCACUACUCGAGUGGACCCGGAAAUGGAUGUCGAGCACAGAGCUGCCGCUCAUAAACUGGUGCGCCGGCUAUUGACGGCCUUUUGGGACACAAUACUCGGUUGUUUGGGAACA